UUGAUCCUAUCUUCCCUGAUCUCCCCUUCUUUUACUGUCCCCAAUCCAUCUGCUGAUAGUACAGAGCCCUAUGAGUCACUCUGCACAUGCUCUGUUUGGUGUUUUUUUUUGUCUUGGGAGAGUGCAUGUGAUCAGCAGAGGGCCAAUCAGCAAUGUCCAGACAGAGGUCAGGGGUUUUGCAUCCUCCUAGAGCAGAAAUAAAACUCCUCCUACAAGCCUUAACCAGUGCUCAGCUGGACACUGAUAGAAGUCACACAGCUGCUAUAUACUGCAGAUGAGAAAAGGUAUUUAGCAGUGUAUAUUUACUAA